CGAGCCCACGUGUUGCGCGCAGCAUGGCGGAGAUGAAGAACCUCGAGACGGCAGAGCCUGGUUCCAGCGGAGGGGCGACUCAAGCCGACCGCCAUGGCCUGCUGGAGCACAGCCGCGAGUUCUUGGACUUCUUCUGGGACAUCGCGAAGCCAGAGCAGGAGACGCGGCUCCAGGCCACGGAGAAGUUGCUGCAGUACUUGCGCACAAGGCCAGAGGGUUCCGAGAUGAAAUACGCCUUAAAGCGCCUAAUCACUGGUCUUGGGGUGGGCAGAGAAGCCGCUCGGCCCUGCUACAGUCUGGCUCUGGCACAGCUGCUUCAGUCUUUUGAAGACAUCCCCUUGUGCAGCAUUCUGAAGCAAAUACAAGAAAAAUAUGAGCUGCAAAAAGUGAAGAAGGCAAUGAUGAGACCUGCCCUGUUUGCAAACUUGUUUGGAGUGCUAGCCCUCUUUCAGUCAGGCCGUCUGGUGAAGGACCGGGAGGCCCUGAUGAAGUCAGUGAGGCUGCUGCAGAUCCUGAGCCACCACUACAACCACUUACAGGGGCAGCCCAUGAAGGUCCUGGUGGACAUUCUCACGGAGGUCCCAGAGGCUAUGUUCGAGGAGAUCCUGCCAAAGGUCUUGAGGGGUGACUUGAAAGUGGUCCUCGGCUCCCCUAAGCACCUGGAGCUCUUUCUCUUGGCCCAGCGAAGGGUGCCAGCAAAGCUCAAGUCACUGAUGGGUGCAGUUGAUCUGUUUACAGAGGAGAAUAUUCCCAGUCUGGUGAAUGUGCUGAAGAUGGCAGCCAUGUUGGUGAAAAAGGAGCAAAAGCUGCCUGAGCUGGCUCUGGGCCUGCUACAGCUGGCACUCAAGGAGAAUAAGUUUCCACAGUUCUGGAAGGAGGUUGUAGAACAAGAGCUGCUCAAGAAACCGUCUUGGCCAACCAGCUACCUGUGUUUCCGCCUGCUGGGUGCAGCCUUGCCCCUGCUGUCUGAGGAGCAGCUGCAGCUGGUGAUGCGGGGAGAGUUGAUCCGCCACUUUGGGGAGCACAUAGUUGUUGCUAAGCCCCCAAACCAGUUCAAGUUUGUCCCAGAGAUGAGUGUGUAUGUGAGCACCUUCCUCGAGGGAUGCCAGGAUGACCCUGGGCGGCAGUUGGCCGUGCUAGUGGCCUUCUCAUCCAUCACCAAUCAAGGUCUUCCUGUCAUGCCUACCUUCUGGCGUGUCACACGGUUCCUGAGUCCUGAGGCCCUGAGGAGCUAUGUGGCUUGGUUGUGGGACAUGUUUCUUCAGCCCAGGCUGGACUCCUUAGUUGACUUCAGCACUGCUAAUCAGAAGAAAACUCAGGAUGCCUCAGUCAAUGUGCCUGAGCGGUGUGUGUUCCGGCUGCGGAAGUGGAUCAUCCACCGCCUCGUCAGCCUUGUGGACCAGCUGCACCUGGAGAAGGAUGAAGACUUGAUCGAGCAGGUGGCCAGGUUUUGCUUGUUCCAUGCAUUCUUUAAAACAAAGAAAGCCACAGGCCAGAUCCCAGAGACUAAGCAGCACUUCUCCUUCCCUUUGGAUGGCCGGACCCGAGAGGUGAUCGUCAGUACCUUCUUCAGCCUGUUGCAGACCCUUAACCCAAAGUUCAAACAGACAGCAGACCAGUCCGAAGGUGCGAAGCCUUGGACUUAUCGCCUGGUGAAGUUGGCAGAUAUGCUGUUGAACCACAGCCGCAAUGUGGUGGUUGUGACACCCUUCACAGCACAGCAGCGCCAGGCCUGGAACCAAAUGAUGGAUACUCUCAAGGAACUGGAGGCCCGUUCCUCGGAGAUCAAGGCCACUGCCUUCCAGCACUUGCUGCUCUUAGUGGGUCUCCAUCUCUUCAAGUCUCCUGCAGAAAUCUAUGACCUCCUUAAUGACAUCCAGACCUGCAUCAAGAAGAGUGUGGAGCAGAAACCUCGCCGUUCCCGUUCCAGGGCCAACACUUCCCAGGAGCCGCCAUGGGUAGAGGUGAUGGUGGAGAUCCUGUUGUCCCUGCUGGCCCAGCCCAGCCACCUGAUACGCCAGGUGGCCCGGAACGUGUUUGGCCACAUCUGCUCCCACCUGACCCCACGGGCCCUGCAAUUAAUCCUGGCUGUGCUUAACCCUGAGACAGAAGAGGAUGACAAUGUAGUGGUCACUGAUGACUCCAGUGAGAAGCAGCCAAAGGAAACAGAGGACGAGGGUGAGGACAGUGAGGACAGUAAAGACUCCAAGAGUGAAGGGGAAAGUGAGGAUGAGGAGGAAAGUGAGGAGGAAGAACGUGAUGGGGAUGUGGACCCAGGCUUCCGCCAGCAGCUGAUGGCAGUGCUACAGGCCGGGAAGGCACUGGGUGGUGUGGACAGUGAGGAUGAUGAGGAGGAGCUGGGGGAUGAGGCCAUGCUGGCACUAGACCAGAACCUUGCCAGCCUGUUUGCCGAGCAGAAGCUGCGCAUCCAGGCCCGGCGAGAAGAAAAGAAUAAGCUACAGAAGGAGAAGAUCCUCCGGCGGGACUUCCAGAUCCGGGUGCUGGACCUCAUUGAGGUACUGGUGACCAAGCAGCCUGAGAACCCUCUGGUCCUGGAGCUUCUUGAGCCACUGCUGAACAUCAUCCAGCGCAGCAUGCGUAGCAGCGGGACCACCAAGCAGGAGCAGGAUCUCCUGCACAAGACAGCCCGCAUCUUCAUGCACGACGUGUGCCGGGCCCGGCACUACUGCCACAACGUGGAGCACUGCACGGAGGCUCUGCAUACCCAGGUGGAGAGGCUGGUGCAGCAAGCUGGCCGCCAGGCUGACUCCUCUGUCGCCCUUUACUAUUUCAAUGCCUCUCUCUAUCUGCUGCGCGUCCUCAAAGGCAACAUCUCCAAGAGUCACCAACAAGGAGACAACACUGAGCUCGAGCCCAUGGACCAAGAGCUCUCUCACCAGGCCCAGACUGCCAACUGCUUGGACUUGAGUUUUGUGACCCUAGUGUACUCAGAAGCCCUGAGCUCCUUUUUGACCAAGCGCAACAGCCCCCUCACUGUCCCCAUGUUCCUCAGCCUCUUCUCCCGAUACCCGGUGAUCUGUAAGAACCUGCUCCCCAUCCUGGUCCAGCAUGUGGCUGGCCCAUCACAGCCCCGUCGUAAGGUCCAGGCCUGCCUGCUGCUCCAGAAGACACUGUCUGCAAGGGAGUUGAGAGUAUGUUUUGAGGACCCUGAGUGGGAACAGCUAAUCAGCCAGGUGCUGGCAAAGGUUACCCAGACCCUACGCACACUGGGUGAGGCACAAAGCAAGUCGGAGCACCAGAAGGAGCUGUCCUCAUUAGAGCUCCUCAACACUGUCUUCAAGAUAAUCAAUCAUGAGAAGCUCUCCGUAGAUGUCACCACUCUCCUGGGCGUGCUACAGAGCCAACAGCAGAAGCUACAGCAGAGCCUGCAGCAGGGGAAUCACUCCUCUGGCUCCAGCCGCCUCUAUGACCUCUAUUGGCAGGCCAUGAAGAUGCUAGGAAUUCAGCGCCCCAAGCUAGAGAAAAAGGAUGACAAGGAUGUUGUCCCUAGUGACAUCCAAAGCCCUGUUAGCAUGAAGCGGAAGAAAAAGGGAUUCUUGCCAGAGACCAAGAAGCGGAAAAAGCGCAAGGCAGAGGAUGCUGUGCCACAGCAGGACGCCAUGCCUGUUGCCACCAGUGGAGACCAGCCUCCCAGUACAGGCAAGAAGAGGAAGAAGAUGAAGGCCCAAGUUGUGGCCCAGACCCAGCUGAAUGGAACACCUGCCACUAAGAGUCCAGCUCCAGACAGCGCCACUCAAAGCCCCAGCACCCCUGCCAAGACUCCAAAACUGCAGAAGAAAAAAGAGCAGCUGUCACAGGUGAAUGGAGCCACUCCUGUGUCCCCCACACAGCUUUCAGGCAAAAAGCAGCGCCGGAAGUCUCUUGCCCAAAAAGGAGUCUUGAGCAAGUCCCCCCAGUCUGCCCUGCCACGGAAAAAGUCAAGGCUGUCUCUGGUCAGCAGGAGCCCCAGUCUAUUGCAGAGUGGGACCAAGAGGAAGAAAAUGGCCAGGAGGAAGGAGCAGACUCCCUGAGCACAGCCUGCUCUGCCUCCAGCAGCCCUAGAGACUUAUUUUUUCAUAGAAGUUUUAAUAAACAUGCCACGGUGUAUGA